CACAUAGCCACCACAUACAUCAAAAGAGAAGAAGAAAGCAAAAAGCGUUCAAGUUAGCUGCUACUACUACUUCGCUUUAGCUGUUAAGCAUCAUCUCUUUUCUUUCCUUCUUUUUCAUUCAUGAAUCAUGGGUGGUGAUGGGUCGACUGAGACGAUUAGAUAGAUAAGUGUUCUGGGUGGAGCUUUACGCAAUCCCACUAUCCCCCACUGAAAAUCCAUAUUUAUAAAACAAGAUUCCUCCUUUCAUAUCUAUCUCUCUAUAUCUACUUGUCUUCAUUCAUUAUUGUUUUUGGUAUUUUGUCACUUCCUUCCUUCCUUCCUCCCUCUUCCACCUUUUCUCUUUCCCACAAAACCCAGAUACACCAAAAAGCAAUCCCCAAAUCUCUCACACCUUCUGAAAUCCUGACAGAAUUUCUGGGCUUUUGAUCUGUUUAGCUUCCAGAUUCUCCCAGAAAAAUUUAAACUUUCCCAAUAUGGGAAACAUGGGCAGUAGCAGAGGCAACUCCUCCCGCCGGAGACACCACCACAACCGCCAGAGCCACCCGUCUCCGCCGCCACCGGCCCCACCACAGCCCGAAAUCUCCGCCAACCGCUACGUCUUCGCGGCCGCGACGCCGUACCCGGCUCAAAACCCGCCGCAAUACCCGAACCCCAACCAGGCCCAGUAUUACCAGUACCCGGGUUACUACCCGCCGGCGGCGCCACUGCCGGCGCCGUACGAUCACCACCACCGGGUGCCGCAUCCGCAGAUGGAGGCGAAUUGGGCCGGCGGGAGGUACCGGUGCGGGCCGGUAAUGCAGGCUCCGACGCCGUACGUGGAGCACCAGAAGGCGGUGACGAUAAGGAACGAUGUGAAUCUGAAGAAGGAGUCUUUGAGGGUUGAACCGGAUGAGGAAAACCCCGGGAGCUUUCUGUUGUCUUUCACUUUUGAUGCCACUGUUGCUGGGAGCAUCACCAUCAUCUUCUUUGCAAAGGAAGGCGAGGACUGUAACCUGACACCAACGAAGUUUAACCUCCUUCCACCUGUGACGGUACACUUUCAACAAGGCCUGGGCCAGAAGUUCAAACAACCCCCUGGAACUGGAAUUAACUUCUCAAUGUUUGACGAGACAGAGUUACUGAAAGUAGCUGGCUUGGAUAUCUAUCCUCUAGCAGUGAAGGCAGAGGCAUCCCCACCUGAGCAUGAUGGAUCAGAGGGAAACUCUGUAUCUGUAGCAACGAACUCCCAGAUAACUCAGGCUGUAUUUGAGAGGGAGAAAGGUGAAUUCCAGGUGAGGGUUGUCAAGCAGAUUCUUUGGGUGAGUGGGAUGAGGUAUGAACUACAGGAGAUAUAUGGAAUUGGUAAUUCAGUCGAGGAUGACUUGGACGGGAACGAUCCAGGAAAAGAAUGCGUCAUUUGCCUGUCUGAACCACGGGACACAACUGUUCUUCCAUGUCGGCACAUGUGUAUGUGCAGUGGGUGUGCCAAGGUUUUGAGAUACCAGACAAAUCGAUGUCCAAUUUGCCGACAACCAGUUGAGAGGCUUUUGGAGAUAAAGGUCAACAAUGGUCCUGAGGAAUGAGAGCAUAAGCUCCGCCACUAUCAUUCUGUAUAUAAUCCUUUUUGGUUUUUUCCUUGUUCUCUUCUGCAAUUUCAUUUUUUGAUACACUUCGAUUUUCAGUGUGUUAAAAAGGUAUGCUGUAUGAAAUUUGCACAGAUAACAUCCUGUGUUGUACCACCUCCAGAGACAUGCAAUGAUGUGUGAAUUUAGCUGCUAGAGUCUUAAA